AUGACAAUGCAGUUCAUAAGCCAUCGGUUCCCUGACUAUCACGAUCCAACUAUAGAGGAUGCCUAUAAAACUCAAGUCCGAAUUGAUGACGAACCAGCCUAUUUGGACAUUCUAGACACUGCUGGACAGGCAGAAUUCACAGCCAUGAGGGACCAAUACAUGCGGGGCGGAGAAGGCUUCAUUAUCUGCUAUUCCAUCACAGACCGCCAAUCCUUUCAAGAAGCUGCUGACUUUAAGGAACUCAUUUAUCGUGUCCGGCACACCUAUGACAUCCCCUUGGUGCUGGUGGGAAACAAAAUAGAUCUUGAAGAGUUCAGACAGGUCUCGACUGAAGAAGGAAUGAGCUUAGCCAGAGAAUACUCCUGCUCCUUUUUUGAGACUUCAGCUGCCCUCCGCUUCUACAUUGAUGAUGUCUUUCAUGGACUAGUGAGAGAAAUCCGAAGGAAAGAGUCCUCACUGCCCAUGGUAGAGAAGAAGAUGAAGAGGAAGGAUAGUCUGUGGAGGAAACUGAAAGGAUCCCUGAAGAAAAAAAAGGAAAGUACAACCUGA